UCUCAGUUUUCAGAAGGCUUCAAACCAUUUUUAUUCUAGCACACAUGCUUUCCAUACUUUCUUACAAAACUCAUAAAUUUACACUUAUUGGUCAUGAGAGACAAACAAAGUGCUCGUUGGAACAGGCAGUUGCAGGUUUCUCUUAUUUCUCUUUCUUUCUUUCUCAGUUUCUCUGUCAAUGACCUUAGUAGGAAAUCCUUUCAGGGGUGAACAUGGAUCCUCUUCUCCAACUUCUCUCUGGCUCACAGAAGUCGCAGUAAAACCUCUCCCACAGCCUUGGACACUUGCAGUGUCCCUGUUCAUUGCCUUCACUCACAGAUGAGUUUUCCCAGCAGGUCGCCAACCAUGUGCUCCCGCCAGGACAAGGACCAGUGCCACCAGCAGGAACGCUCCUGCUGCCACAGUGGCGGAUCUGGUUGCCACAGGAGCAGUGGCGGAUCUGGUUGCCACGGGAGCAGUGGCGGAUCUGGCUGCCACAGGAGCAGCGGAUCUGGCUGCCACGGGAGCAGUGGCGGAUCUGGCUGCCACGGGAGCAGCGGAUCUGGCUGCCACGGGAGCAGUGGUGGAUCUGGUUGCCACAGGAGCAGCGGAUCUGGUUGCCACAGUAGCAGCGGAUCUGGUUGCCAUGUGACCAGUGGAUCGGGCUGCCAUGGGAGCAGCGGAUCUGGUUGCCACGGGAGCAGUGGGGGAUCCUGCCAGCAGGAAUGCCAGCAGCAAAUCUACCAAGUGUCCUCAAAUAUGAAGUGAUCACCCCACCAGCCACAGGUGAUCUACAGGAUUGCCCUGGAUCCUGUGCCAUGUUCCGAAAGCUUUGCAUGUGCCCAGCAAUUUCCAAGGACAAUGUGUCCUUCCCUCCCCUGGUGUGUCCUGUAACCUGCCCUGAGCUUCUCUGUGGGUGCUGAAAUAAAUGCUUUGUUCACACUGGCACAA